AAAUGAUCAAAGAAUAUAAAAGUCAACGAUUUCUCUACACCAUAAAUACAGCAAAAAAAUAGCUGCGGCCGCGCUGUUCCGUACGCCGCAGCACACCCAAUCAUUGCGCCUCUCUCCCCCCAUCUCACACUCGGAAUCCAAACCGUCUCAGGACUUCGAUUGAAGCUGCGGUGCUUCUAUACAAAAAUCCACUCAGCUCAAGAAUACUUUCCGGGUGGUCUCUUACAAAAGAAGUUGCUUCUUUAUAAAUAUGGAAUCCGAGAAUUUUAUCAGCCUCCCUGAUUCUGGUGAUUCUGUCAUCGAGAAUGCGGGGCAUGAAAGUGAUGUUCAAUAUGAAGUUAAAGAAAACGGGGAGAUUCUGGGGCAUGAAGGCGAUGUUCAAUAUGAAGUUAAAGAAAACAGGGAGAUUUUGGGGCAUGAAAGUGAUGUUCAAUGUGAAGUUCAAGCUAACAGUGAGAAACUGAGGCAUGAAAGUGGUGUUCAAUAUGAAGUUAGCCAUUGCAUGCUGGAAUCAAACCUUGAAAAAGAAUUGGUCGAUGGUGAUUCAGAUAUGGAAAUCGAGGACAUAAACAACCUUCCUGUCUUGAACAGUUCUCGUUCAGCAAAUGAAGAAAUCAAAUUAGUGGGUAACAAGAAGGGGAAUGCUCAUUUUAUACAGUCUGAAACUGUUGCAGUUGCAGGGGAGUCAAAUGUUUUGUUCCCAAAGGUGCAUGAGAAUGGUUGCCUUCCAGUCCAAGAUUCAAGGACCUUGGAAGUCCACAAAAAGGGUGGCACUUCUAUAUCAGGUGUUAAGAGAGCUAGAAUGACAGUUGAUGAACAGCAAGCUUCAGUGCGUGUGACAUUUGAUUCAUUGACAAGAGCUAGUAAACAAAAGCUUGAGGAACUAUUACAGCAGUGGUCAGAGUGGCAUGCAAAGCAUGUUUCUUCAUCUCAAGAUUCUAUUGAAGUAGUGGAAUCAGGUGAAGAGACCUUCUUUCCAGCUCUUCAUGUUGGCAUAGAGAAGACAUCUGCGGUGUCUUUUUGGAUGGACAACCAAACACGGAAAACAGAUAACAACGAAUCCAACCUUUUGGAUAACAAAGACGUGCCCCUGUAUGAUCGUGGUUAUGCCUUAGGUUUGACUUUGGCUGGUAGCUCAAUUAAUGCAGAGGGAGGCUUGGAGAUUAUAGAUGAUGCAAGUCGUUGUUUCAAUUGUGGCUCUUAUAGUCAUUCGUUGAAAAAUUGCCCAAAGCCUCGUAACCAUGCUGCUGUCAACAGUGCUCGUAAACAGCUAAAGUCCAAACGUAAUCAAAAUGCUAAUUCCCGUAAUCCAACACGAUAUUAUCAGGAUUCUCCAGCUGGAAAGUAUGAUGGUUUAAGGCCUGGUGCUCUCGAUUCUGAGACACGGAAGCUUUUGGGGCUUGGGGAGUUUGAUCCACCGCCUUGGCUUAACAGAAUGCGAGAAAUUGGUUACCCACCGGGAUAUCUAGAUGUAGAUGAUGAGGAUCAGCCAUCAGGCAUAAUAAUAUAUGCUGAUGGGGAAAUUAAGGAAGAACAGGAGGACGGUGAAAUUGUUCAGACAGACUAUGCUGACCCGGAGAGGAAAAAGACAGUCGAAUUUCCAGGAGUAAACGCACCAAUCCCAGAAAAUGCUGAUGAGAGGCUUUGGGCACCUGGACAUUCAAUUGGAGAUCUCUCUAGGAACCGUUCACACAGCAGAAUAAGCCAUCAUUCGGAACCUGUCAGCAGAGGGCAUCACCGCGAGCAAAGGUGGUCCAGGGAUUAUAGAGACGAUGGGCCUCCUGGUGUUGAACCAGGUUUUGCGCCAUCUAGCUACCCUCCAAGAUAUGGUAGUUAUGAUUACGGUUACAACUCUCACAGUUCAAGUGCUUCAGCACCAAGAAGUCCUACCUUCGGAAGGUCCCAGUCAGACAGAGACCGAAGAAUCUCUUCGUUCAAUGAAGGUUCUUUUCCUUACUCCAAUUCUCGUCAUUCGCCAAAGGAUUAUGGUGCGGGGAAUACUGAAAGUUGGAAUGAUGAAAGCAGGAAUGACUACGACCUUGAUAAUUCAAGUUAUAGUAGGGAUAGGCUAGACAGGUAUCGCCAUCACCGUUGGAGGUAAUGACAAUGACAUGUAGCUAGUAGAGAUGCUUACUGUGAGGCAUAUAGGGAUAAUUUGAUCAAGGAGGGAGUUGUACAAAGAACUAGAUGUGAUGAGUUUAGAUGGCUCUGUGAUCAGCUUCUGUUGUUGUUGUUUUAUGUUAUUCUCUAAUUUAAUCUACCCUUCUUCAUUCGUUUAUUUUUCUGUAAUUGAAGAUUCGAAGUUUGAAAACUUUUAGUCGCUUUGUUUUGUGAAUUUACAGUAAAUUACAUUUUAUCUCCUCA